CAAUCGCCUUGUGUUGGGAACAUCUUCAAUAAAAGAAGAUAUUCCUAGUGCGCAACUGUAUGUCUCAUGAAUAGAAAUGUGGGUAGCAAAUCCGAGACCAUUCAACGCAGAUCAGUCAAAGCUAAAGCCCUACUAAAUGGGGGUAUGAACUGCAUGCAUUCAUUGAAUCACUUUCCGCAUGAGGCCUAUAUUGCAAUGGCAAAACCGCUGCAUGAAGCCCUCCCAAAAAGCGGAUCGGUGAAAGCAGCUCACUGAAAGCUGAGAGUAAGUCCUCCCAAUGGGUAGUUGCAACUUGCAAGCAUCCGUGUAUAACAUUCUUUUUCCUAGUUUUUAGUCGAAUUUUAAAUUGUGGAUCUAUUGCUCUGCAUGAGUGCAACGUGUUUUAGGUACCACGUUACAAUACAUGUGCAGUGCACGACAAUCUAUACACCAUUGAAAUUCGUUUAUACCUUAAAGGCUUUAAACAUAGAGAGACAAGAGGUACAAGAAGCAUGCGGAAAAGGAAGUCCGACGAGGUUGGAAGUUUGUUCAUUCGGUCUUGAAAAAAGGGAGAGAGGGAUAGGGAGGAGAAUGAAUCAAUGAAGAAAGGGAAGAAGGUGCUAGUGAUAUCAAAUCCUCCUGCUGGUGGAGAAGGCUCAGAUAAAAAGGGCGAAUUAUCUCUGCCCUUUGGCUCAAAUCCUUCUUCCCGAAAUGCUUCUUCUAAAUACGAUUUUGUCAAGGUAAAGGUAUGGCUUGGCGAUAAUGCGGAUCACUACUAUGUUCUAUCCAGAUUUCUCCUCAGUAGAAUGUUGACUGUCACUAAGAUCCCUAAUCAUGUUGCUAUUAAAAUUGCUCUGGAACUCAAGAAGUUACUUAUAGACAACAGUCUUCUGGAUGUCUCCCAAUCAGAUUUGGAAGUUAAUCUCUUUAAGCUUAUGGAGAGGCGUGGAUAUGGGGAAGAAUAUAUAAACCGUUAUAAAAUGAUGACCAGAUUUCAUCACCAAAGAGUGCCAUUGGUAAUUCUUGUAUGUGGAACUGCUUGUGUUGGGAAGUCAACAAUUGCCACCCUGCUUGCACAAAGGCUAAACUUGCCAAAUGUUUUACAGACUGCUAUGGUAUAUGAAUUGCUACGCACAUCAACAGAUGCUCCAUUGGCAUCUGUUCCUGUUUGGGCACAAGAUUUUAGUUCUUCUAAGGAACUGAUCACUGAAUUUUGUAGAGAAUGCAGAGUUGUUCGUAAAGGUUUGGCAGGUGAUUUGAAGAAGGCAAUGAAAGAUGGCAAACCUAUUAUAAUUGAGGGAAUCCAUUUGGAUCCAAGUAUUUAUUUAAUGGAUGAUGAGAAUAAAGAACCAACAGAUUUAUUUGCAAAAAAAGAAGAUCCAAAACCUUUGCCUAUGACCAGUGAGGAUGAUAUUGCAAAGGAAAAAGAAUGCUGUGCAAGCAAGGCUCGUAGAGUUUCCAACCAGAGUAGUAGCAUUCUACCUGCCAACCAGGUGAAAGAAGUUUCAGAUAGUCUAGCAUCUCUACAUCUGGAAAGAAGUGCUUCUGAGAAUCGAGGUGCAGAUCUUAGAAGUCCAGAAACAAAUUCUAGCCACCCUGUGAAGAAAGAAAAGCCACCUGCUAAACCACUAAUUAUACCUAUAGUUCUGAAUAUGGCUGAAUUUGAUCACAAGGCAUUACUAGAGGAAUGGAUCUCCACUAGGACAUUUGGUGGUAAACGUCUACUCCAGGAUCAGGAUAAGCUCAUAAGAAACUUGAAGAUAAUUCAAGAUUAUAUUUGCUCGUUUGCAUCUCAGGGUUUGACGGUGGUCAACAUUUCGGCAACAACAUUCCCACAAACACUUGAUUGGCUGCAUGGAUAUCUUCUUCAGUGUAUUGAACGGGGUAUUUCUUCUACAUCUACUGAACCAACAACAUGACAGAUGCAAAUUAGAGCUGCAGUUAUUAGUUUAAGCAGAGUUCUACAAGUUUUAUGGGGGUCAACCUCUAAACCCUUCUAAUUAUGUCUGGAAGAUGAUAUAAAAUAAAUCAGGGCACUGGAACAAGGUGGGGUUACAUGGAGACAAGCUGUUGAAUGUUGAAUGGAUAAAUGCCAGAAGGUGGACGAGCAAAUGAUCUUUGUGCUACAGUCAUCUUGACAACCUCUGUUGGUUGGAUGAAGGCUGUCCCAGAAGUAAGAAUUCCUGUUAUCACAUGGCGAUGUUCCAGCAAUACAGUUCCUUUGCAAGUUUCCAACUCUACAGCAUCCUUGUCAAGUGACUGAGAAACCUGUGAUCUGAAAUAGUUAGCGUGUCAUUGGAUGGAUCAACCCAGCUAAAUUGGAGAACUGGCAGAUUUAAACGAUUUGUUAGAAUUCCUUGUUAGAUUAUCCGUCUGUAUGUAAUGAAGGGACCUUUUUUUACAUGCUGAUUAGCCCAUCCUCUGAACCCCAUAACACUACCCCCCUCAACCCUGAUGAAAGCGGGUAUAGAUCCCAAGUCUCCUACACAACCAUCCACAGACCGUACCAACGGAGCCAAUUGGCACAUUCAUUAAGGGGCCUAAUUA